AUGCCUUUGCCGCAGUCGCUUCGACUCGUACAUUGUACGUGGCAGAUGCCCGUGCGCUUUACGCUCGCCUGUCCUCAGGAACCCGUUAACGUCGUCGUUAUCGGACACGUCGACUCCGGUAAGUCGACCACCACCGGUCACCUUAUCUACAAGUGCGGUGGUAUCGACAAGCGUACCGUCGAGAAGUUCGAGAAGGAGGCUGCCGAGCUCGGCAAGGGUUCCUUCAAGUACGCUUGGGUUCUUGACAAGCUCAAGGCCGAGCGCGAGCGUGGUAUCACCAUCGACAUUGCUCUCUGGAAGUUCGAGACCCCCAAGUACAUGGUCACCGUCAUUGACGCCCCUGGUCACCGUGACUUCAUCAAGAACAUGAUCACCGGUACCUCGCAGGCCGACUGCGCCAUUCUCAUCAUUGCCGCCGGUACUGGUGAGUUCGAGGCUGGUAUCUCCAAGGAUGGCCAGACCCGUGAGCACGCCCUGCUCUCGUUCACCCUCGGUGUGCGUCAGCUCAUCGUUGCCGUCAACAAGAUGGACACCACCAAGUACUCGGAGGACCGAUUCAACGAGAUUGUCAAGGAGACCUCCAACUUCAUCAAGAAGGUCGGCUACAACCCCAAGACUGUCGCCUUCGUCCCCAUCUCGGGCUGGCACGGAGACAACAUGAUCGACGCCACCAAGGAGAUGCCCUGGUACAAGGGUUGGGAGCGUGAGACCAAGGCCGGCAAGGCCACUGGUAAGACCCUCCUCGACGCCAUCGACGCCAUCGAGCCCCCUUCCCGUCCCACCGACAAGCCCCUCCGUCUUCCCCUCCAGGAUGUCUACAAGAUCGGCGGUAUCGGAACUGUGCCCGUCGGCCGUGUCGAGACCGGUGUCAUCAAGGGCGGUAUGGUCGUCACCUUUGCCCCCUCCAAUGUCACCACCGAGGUCAAGUCCGUCGAGAUGCACCACGAGACCCUCACUGAGGGUCUGCCCGGUGACAACGUCGGCUUCAACGUCAAGAACGUCUCCGUCAAGGACAUUCGCCGUGGUAACGUCUGCUCUGACUCGAAGAACGACCCCGCCGCCGAGACCGCCUCGUUCGUCGCCCAGGUCAUCGUCAUGAACCACCCCGGUCAGAUCGGCAACGGUUACGCCCCCGUCCUCGACUGCCACACCGCCCACAUUGCCUGCAAGUUCGCCGAGAUCACCGAGAAGAUCGACCGCCGAACUGGUAAGUCCAUCGAGAACAACCCCAAGUUCAUCAAGUCCGGUGACGCCGCUCUCGUCAAGAUGGUCCCCACCAAGCCCAUGUGCGUCGAGUCCUUCUCCGUCUACCCCCCUCUUGGACGCUUCGCCGUCCGUGACAUGCGACAGACCGUCGCUGUGGGUGUCAUCAAGUCGAUUGAGAAGGCCGCCGCGAAGGGUGGUAAGGUCACCAAGGCCGCCGAGAAAAAAGCUAAGUAA